GAGGAGGAGGAGGAGGGGGAGGAGGAGGAGGGGGAGGAGACGCGGUCUCCUUUUCGCCGCGCUCCGCGCCUUCCUUCCUUUGCACCGCCGCCAUGUCCCGCCAGAGCUCCCUCCUCACCUUCUUCCCCAAGUCGGAGCCUAAAGACGACAGUGGUGGGAGCGACGCCGAGGCCAGCCCCAUGAUCUCGAGAGGCCACGGAAGUAUCCGCGGCAGGACUAGAGCGCCGCCGACAGAUUGUGACUUUGAAUUUUCACCCGGUGAUUUGGUUUGGGCCAAACUUGAAGGAUAUCCUUGGUGGCCAUGCCUUGUGUACAAGCAUCCAACAGAAGGGACGCUUUUCAGGGGCAGAGGAAGAGCCUCUCGCAUCCAUGUACAGUUUUUUGAUGAUGACCCGUCAAGAGGCUGGGUUAGCAUUAGAUUCAUAAGACCAUAUACAGGUUCCACUGGUAGAGAUACCCAGAGGGGAGGUAUGUUUCACAGUUCAAAACCUGAAAUUAAAAGAGCUAUGGAACUAGCGGAUGCUGCUUUGAAAAAAGAGAAGAGUGAGCGACUUGAUCUGGCAGUGUGUGACAAACCCUCAGAAAGUGAGGAAGAUGAUGAUGAAGACAUGGAGCAAGUGAGCGAUGAGGGUGAUGAUUUUGGCACGUCUGAGGAACUGAAACAAAGAAAUAAAAGGACAGGUGGAAGAAAGCAGCAUGAUGGAAAAGCCAAAAAGAGAAAGGUUGUCAUGGACUCAGACAGUGAUCAUGAGGGCUCAGACGUGGAGUUUAAACCAGACGAAGUUAGCAGUGAUGAAAAUAGUGUUGGAGCAGGUGAUAGUGAAGCUUCUGAAUCUGAGGCGGAUCCAGGAAAAGGAGUAAAACGUCCCCUUAAAAUCCCUCCUAAACCAGUGCAGGAAAAGACAUAUAAACCUCCCCAGAACAACCUUCCUGAAACUCCCAGCAGGGAAAUGAAUCUUUCUUAUGAGAUAAAGUAUAAGUUAGCAUCUUUUACAGCUCCUGAAUGCUUUGAUUUUCAACCAAGCUUUAACGGAGGAGGUGGAGGAGAUGGCCAUCCAACUGUGUGGGAGCAUGAUAAAAUUGACUGGCUCCACGAUGGGAAAAGGAAAGAUGCUCGUAGAAGACGGCAAAAUGAUCCAGAUUAUGACCCAAGUACUAUUUUUGUGCCAGAGGACUAUCUGAAAAACUGCACCCCAGGAAUGCGGAAGUGGUGGGAGCUGAAGAGUAAGAAUUUUGACUCUGUGAUUUUCUAUAAAGUUGGGAAGUUCUAUGAGUUAUACCACAUGGAUGCUGUUAUUGGCGUUAACAAGCUGGGUCUGGUGUUCAUGAAAGGCUCUUGGGCUCAUUCAGGCUUCCCAGAAAUAGCCUUUGAUAGAUUCUCCAGCAUAUUAGUCCAGAAAGGACACAAAGUUGUCCGUGUUGAACAGAUGGAGACUCCUGAGAUGAUGGAAGCACGCUGUAGGUCCUUGGCUCACCCCACAAAGUAUGAUAGGGUUGUGCGCCGAGAAGUAUGCAGGAUUAUUUCCAAAGGGACGCAAACAUACAGUAUUUUAGACGGCGACCAUUUGGAGACCCACAACAAAUAUCUCCUCUGCAUGAAAGAAAAAGCAGACGAUUCUGCUGGCAUCUGUCACACCUAUGGGGUAUGCUUUGUUGACACAACUGUAGGAAAAUUCUAUCUGGGUCAGUUCUUAGAUGACCGCCAUUGCUCAAGGUUUAGAACUCUCCUGGCACAUCAUACUCCUGUGCAGAUCCUUUAUGAGAAAGGGAACCCCUCUGCAGAAACGCAAAAGAUCCUGAAAGGCUUACUCCCUUCUACUGUGCAAGAAGGUUUGAUUGCUGGUACUCAGUUCUGGAAUGCAUCCAAAACUCUAAAAACUCUAGUUGAAGAAGGCUACUUUCAGGAUAAAGAGAAAACAAGCAGUGGGGUCACUCUGCCUCCAGUAAUCAGAUCGAUGACGGCAGAAAGUGACUCACUGGGACUUACUCCUGGGGAAAACAGUGAACUUGUGCUCUCUGCUCUUGGCAGUUGUGUCUUCUACCUUAAAAAAUGCAUUAUUGACCAGGAACUCUUAACAAUGGCAAAAUUUGAAGAAUACAUUCCUGUGGAUGUUGAUAUUGCAAAAGGAACAAAGUCAAGUAGUGUAUUUGCUAAAACAAGCCAGAGGAUGGUGUUGGAUGGGGUGACUCUAACAAACCUAGAAAUACUGCAGAAUGGAACCACUGGUUCAGUAGAAGGCACAUUGCUGGAGAAUAUUGACACUUGUUGUACACCCUUUGGAAAGAGACUCCUGAAACAGUGGCUCUGUGCACCACUGUGUAAUCCUUGCUCUAUCAAUGACCGCCUGGAUGCAGUUGAAGAUCUCCUAGCUGAGGCUGCCAAAAUGUCUGAAAUUCGUGACCUUCUACAAAAAGUUCCAGACCUUGAACGGCUUUUGAGCAAAAUUCAUAGUAUUGGAUCGUCACUUAAGAACCCGAAGCACCCAGACAACAGGGCUGUUUUAUAUGAGGAGGCCAGAUACAGCAAAAAAAAAAUAAUAGAUUUCUUGUCUGCAUUAGAAGGGUUUAAAGUAAUUGUUGAAGUUAUCUCAAUUUUGGAAGACAUUGUUGAUGGUUUUUCAUCCAAAACACUAAGACAGAUUGCGACAGUCAAAUCUAAAAAUCCAGAAGGUCGUUUCCCAGAUUUGAAAGAAGAACUGGAAAGGUGGGAUGCAGCUUUUGAUCACAAUGUUGCACGGAAGACUGGUGUGGUUAAUCCAAAAACUGGGUUUGACUCAGAUUAUGAUAAAGCACUACAGGAUAUAAGCGAGGUUGAGGAGCGCCUUCGUCAGUAUUUGGAAAACCAGCGUAAACGGCUUGGCAUCAGAGCCAUGAUGUAUUGGGGAGCAGGCAAAAACCGCUACCAAAUUGAGAUUGCAGAGACUGCAGUGCCCAAGGACUUGCCUGAUGAAUAUGUGCUGAAGUCUAGCAGAAAGGGCUUUAAGCGCUACUGGACUAAAGACAUAGAGAAGAUGCUGACUGAUAUUGUCAAUGCUGAAGAGAGGAGGGAUGCAGCGCAGAAAGAUUGUAUGAAAAGGUUAUUCUACAACUUUGAUAAAAACAGCAAAGACUGGCAAACGGCCGUGGAAUGCGUUGCAGUUCUAGAUGUCUUACUGUGCCUUGCACAAUAUAGUCAGGGAUGCGAUGGACCAUUGUGCCGACCCGUAAUUCUGCUUCCGGAGAAUAACAUCCAGCCCUUUCUGGAGCUGAGACGUUCCCGCCACCCAUGCAUUACGAAAACGUUCUUUGGAGAUGACUUCAUCCCUAAUGAUAUCCUGAUAGGUGUAGAGGGUGAAAAUGCAGACCCUGAGAGCAAAGCGUACUGUGUUCUAGUGACUGGUCCAAACAUGGGAGGCAAGUCUACCCUCAUGAGACAGGCCGGCCUUUUGAUAAUAAUGGCUCAGUUGGGAUGCUUUGUACCUGCUGAAUCUUGCAGGCUUACUCCUGUCGAUAGAGUGUUCACCAGACUAGGGGCUUCAGAUAGAAUUAUGUCAGGGGAGAGUACAUUCUUUGUUGAGCUGAGUGAGACUUCCAGUAUAUUACAGCAUGCAACAGAGCAUUCCUUUGUUCUUAUGGAUGAACUAGGUAGAGGUACAGCUACUUUUGAUGGAACUGCUAUUGCUAAUGCAGUUGUCAAAGAACUUUCAGAGAGCAUCAAAUGUCGCACCAUGUUUUCAACACAUUACCAUUCUUUAGUAGAGGAUUAUUCCCACAGUCCCUCUGUGCAGUUAGGACACAUGGCAUGUAUGGUAGAAAAUGAAAGUGAUGAUCCUAGCCAAGAAACAAUCACUUUUCUCUACAAAUUCACUAAAGGAGCUUGUCCUAAAAGCUAUGGCUUUAAUGCUGCAAGGCUUGCUAACAUUCCAGAAGAGGUUAUUCAGAAAGGUCACAAAAAGGCAAGAGAGUUUGAAAAAACUACCCUCGCACUAAGAUUGUUCAGGAACCUUUGCCAGAUAGCUGAAGGAUCCCCAGUAGCCAGAGAUGAUCUUGACAAGCUAACUUUGGUUCAGGCAUAAGAGAUCCUGUAUAGUUUCUACAGCAGUUUUCAAAGGCAGUAUGCAGACAACAAUGAUCUAAUAAACUUUAUUUUUUAAAAAUGA